AUGAAAGUAUUUAAUUUAUAUAUUUUUGAUAAAUAUGGAACAUUGAUGUACUAUGCCGAAUGGAAUCGUACAAAGAAGUCUGGUUUAACCCAGGAAGAGGAAGCUAAGCUGACCUAUGGUAUGCUGUCCUCAAUUAAAUCAUUUGUUAAUAAACUUUCACCCCACGAUCCACGAGAGGGUUUCUUGUAUUAUAAAACCAAUAAAUAUGCCUUGCAUUAUUUGGAAACACCCUCGGGAUUAAAGUUUGUUUUAAAUACCGACACAAAUGCAACAAAUGUUAAAGAACUGCUGCAACAAGUCUAUAGUAAAAUCUGGGUAGAAUAUGUGGUACGAGAUCCACUGUGGACACCCGGAACACCAGUCACAUCUGAACUAUUUCAAACGAAAUUGGAUGAAUUUAUAAAACAAUCGCCCAUAUUUGGUCUAAGAAAUAUAUAA